AUGAGUCUGUUUGGUAAGAUUUUCGGGGGGAAGAAGCAGGAGGUAGCCCCAUCUACGCAAGAUGCGAUUCAGAAAUUGCGUGAAACCGAGGAAAUGCUCAUAAAAAAGCAGGAUUUCUUGGAGAAGAAGAUCAAAGACGAAGUGGCAACAGCAGUGAAACAUGGCACAAAGAACAAGCGGCUCGCUCUUCAUGCCCUCGGUAGGAAGAAGCAAUUUGAGAAACAACUCAACCACAUUGAUGGAGUUUUACAAACUAUUGAAUUUCAGAGAGAAGCGCUGGAAAAUGCUUCUACCAAUGCAGAAGUUCUGCAAGUCAUGGGAGGAGCAAGUAAAGCUUUGAAGGCGGCUCACAACAAUAUGGAUAUCGACCAGGUCCAUGAUCUAAUGGAAGACAUAGCCGAGCAACAAGAAGUUGCCAACGAAAUUGCGGAGGCGAUUUCAAAUCCUGUAGGUUUCGACAGAGCAAUUGAUGAUGAAGAGCUCUUGCGGGAACUUGAGCAACUUGAGCAGGUUUUCAAAACGCACUUUACCGUUCUUGAACUGGAUAAACAGCUGUUGGAUGUACAACCAACGCCGGUUGUGCUACCCGAUGCGCCUUCUACUGACCUCCCAGCAAGCAGCAAAGCCAAACCCGCGAAAACCACCGACCAUGACAAGGAUCUUGAGGAUCUUGAGAUGUGGGCCAAUGCUUAA